AUGAGGAUACCGGAACCCAUUGUGUUCAGAAAGCUUAUUCCCGCUAGGGUAACGAUGACUGUAACGCCUUUCGCUUUGGAUAUUUGCAUCGUAUUGGCUGGUGUGAGCUGCCUGUCCUCAGUCUGGGAAGAGGAGACCGGUAAUGCGUUGGGUGUUGGUGCCGAUGAGUCUUCAUCGUCUGUUCCAUGGAAUGCAGGUCGUGGAAUUGAGGUGAUGGGAUUAAGAAGUUCGUGCGAGGGCUCUUGGUUUGACAAUGUGUUUGUCACUGAUUUUGCAGUCUGUCCCUGCCGACACAGGCUCUUUGAGACAUUUCCAAUCAUUGUGGCAUCAGCUGGUAGUAUUGGUGUUUAA